AUGAAUAUAACAGUUGAGAGAGACGUAAACAUAGAAGAUUCAAGGAAACAUGAAGCUGUGGGAGACAUAAAUAUAGAAGAACUGAGGAAACAUGCAGUUGAGAUCACUAUUGACCGUAAGAGUCUACAUCCAGAUCUGAAGGUUUCUCAGGACUGUAAAACCGUGAGGGACAGUGCUGAUUAUAAUCACACCGGAGAGGGAUUUCCAAUUAAUUUAUGUGCAUUUGGAGCCCAAAGAUUCUCCUCCGGUCGUCACUAUUGGGAAGUAGAACUGGCACAAGAAAACACACCUCCCAAAAACUAUUGGUUAAUUGGUGUGAUGAAAGAUGGAAAUUUAACUGCAAGAGACAAAUCUGGUUUAACUCCAUUCUACGGUUUCUGGUUCUUGUAUUCAGACGGUCCUAAUGGCUUUGAAAUCAACACUAAUCCAUCAGUUAAACUCCCACUGACACCGAGACCUGAGCGACUGGGAGUUCUGUUGGAUUAUGAUGACGGUCAGCUGUCGUUUUACAACGUCAAAGAGAGAAAACAUCUCCUGACCAUUAAAACCAAAUUCUCUGGAUCAGUCCGUCCUCUGUUCAAUCCUGGAGCUGGUGAUCUGAGUGAGCUUAGAAUCCUGGACUGUACAAAACCUGUAGAACCAGCUGAAUCCAGUCAGCCUUUACUGAGUAAUAACAGCGCAGACGGGAAAGUGGUCAGUCUCUGCA